GUAGCGCAGAAAAUCCGCAAAUAAAGAGCGGGCGGGAGCGGCGCGCGCGAAGGAGCCCGGGUCGGGGGGAGACGGCGGCGACCCCAGGUUCGGAGCGCCGAUCCUUGUGGAGCUGGUAGCGGGAGCAGAGGUGGUGGCAGGCACGAGCAGUGGCGGCGUUUCGCCCUCGAUGUGACAGGCGCGGCCCAGGCAACUGGUGUGCUGGGAGAGUGAGGCCUCCGCAUCGCGGGCGGGAGAGUUCACAAUGACGAAUGAAGAACCUCUCCCAAAGAAGGUUCGCCUUAGCGAAGCAGAUUUUAAGGUUUUACCUAGAGAUGAGCUCAUCCUAAGGUGGAAACAGUAUGAAGCAUAUGUGCAAGCUCUGGAGGGCAAAUACACAGACCUUAAUUCUAAUGAUGUGACGGGGUUGAGAGAAUCUGAAGAGAAACUGAAACAGCAACAGCAAGAGUCUGCCCGAAGAGAAAAUAUUCUAGUCAUGAGGCUGGCAACUAAGGAACAGGAGAUGCAAGAGUGUACUAAUCAGAUUCAGUACCUCAAGCAAGUCCAGCAGCCUAGUGUUGCGCAACUGCGAUCAACAAUGGUGGACCCAGCCAUCAACUUGUUUUUCCUAAAAAUGAAAGGUGAACUGGAACAGACUAAAGACAAACUGGAACAAGCCCAAAAUGAACUGAGUGCCUGGAAAUUUACGCCUGAUAGUCAAACAGGCAAAAAGUUAAUGGCGAAGUGUCGAAUGCUUAUCCAGGAGAAUCAAGAGCUUGGAAGGCAGCUGUCCCAAGGACGUAUUGCACAGCUUGAGGCAGAGUUGGCUUUACAGAAGAAAUAUAGUGAGGAACUUAAAAGCAGUCAGGAUGAGUUGAAUGACUUCAUCAUCCAGCUUGAUGAGGAGGUAGAGGGUAUGCAGAGUACCAUUCUAGUUCUUCAGCAGCAAUUGAAGGAGACUCGCCAGCAGUUGGCACAGUACCAGCAGCAGCAGUCCCAGGCCUCAAACCCAGGUACCAGCAGGACUCCAUCUUCUGAGCCUACAGACCAGGGAGAGGCUGUGGGUAAAGACUGCAGCCGCCUGGCAAAUGGACCAAGCAAUGGCAGCUCCUCCCAUCAGCGGACGUCUGGGCCUGGAUUUUAUAGGGAGGGUAGCGGCACAGAAGAUGACUUUCCAGCUUCUCCAGGGAAUGGUAAUAAGCUGUCCAACCACUCUGAAGAUAGAACUGGUAGAGGAAGUGGUAGCUACAUAAACCAACUCAGUACUGGGUAUGAAAGUGUAGACUCUCCCACUGGCAGUGAAAAUUCUCUCACUCACCAUUCAAAUGACACAGACUCCAAUCAUGAUCCUCAAGAGGAGAAAACAGUGAGCAUGAAAGGUAACAGAACUGUGGGUUCUCGUCAUGUCCAGAAUGGUUUGGACUCCAGUGUAAAUGUGCAGGGUUCAGUUUUGUAACACUUUUCUGCAGCAUUUUUAUACAGUGUCAUUUAAAUUGGGAGAGGAUACUGUCCAGAAGCUGUUUAAAUUAGUGCAUACUUGUCACAAUUUUGCCUUUUUGUGGGUUUCUUUUUGCUUCAAUACCUCUGCCACUUUGGAAAUUUUAACAGUUAAUUACAUUGAAUGUUGCUAAAAGGACGUUUGUGUAGCUCAAGUUAUUUUUAUAUGAGUUAAUGUGAAAUGGAAAUUACUUCCUUAAAGUGUAACAUAAAUGAUGUCUGUACAAAUCUGUGUAUAUCUAGAACCUGUGCUGUGUAAGGGCAUUCUUACUCAUACUGUUAUACUUGCACCACCUUCAAGAUUUGUCAUAAUAGCUGUGGGUUUAUGACUGCCAAGUUUGCCCAGUACAGUAGUUUUAUCACUAAAAGAUGGACUUACUGAAGGAGUCCUGUAGUAGUUUCAGUGUUAAUUACAGUUUUUCCCCACCAUACAUCUGUGCAUUUUCUCCUUAGGUGACCGAAUGUUUGAAUUGUGUGCAUAGUUACUCAGUUUUUAAGAACUGUUGUAUCCUGUUUAUGCAUAUUGCUCUGUGACUCCAAUUAUCUUACCUGUACUGACCAAACCUAAAUAAACUUUUAAUAAUGUAAUUUCCUCAUUGUUUUGCAUUGGCUUACAUGGCUUAUUUGUAUGCAGCAUACUUGCCCUUUUUUGUUCCUGUCAUUCCUAUCUGAUACAGCUUAUGCCAUGUACCUGAAGUUACAGGCAUAUCCCAUCAUACUGAUUUUGCAGCUGCCUGAGUGAGCUUAUUUUACAGGCUUUGUCUUAACUGGCAGAUUGGGAGAUAAGAAGCAGGAAGGGGGGGUGGCAGAGGGGUGGAAGUCAGCUAGUGAAAGUAAACUUUAGAGUUGGAACCUUACGAAGAUUUUAAAAACAAAACAUCACAAACAAACCCCCUCUACCCAAACAAAACAAAAAUAACCAAAAAAACCAAGGGGGUGGGUAGGAUGAUGCCAGAAACCCUCCCAACCAAACAAAACUUAAGUAACCCACAAGAAACCUCUCACACAAAGAAACCAAAACAACCCAACCCACCCCAAAACAACUAAUCAAAGAGAACCAACAGACAUAAAAAAACCA